CUCUUUACAAUCAUCUCAUGUGUUUAAUACAAAAUACAGAUCACACUAUAAUGAAAUGUUUCUCUAAUGUGUUUUCACAAAGUUCUUUAGUUCCAUUAGCUAAAAUAGCUAAUGCACCAUCACGUUCAUUACGUUUAUUAUGGGCAAUUGUUACAGCAAUUAUGUGUAUUGGAUUAUGUAUAUGUAUUAGUCUUGUAGUAAUGCAAUAUUUAAAACAUCAAACAGUAUUUCAAUUAGAUUAUUCUGGUCGUCAUACUGUUUAUGAUCAAGUACCUGGUAUAACAAUAUGUCCACAAUCACAAGAAUCAAAACGUUUAUUUUUAGAUGCAAUGAAACGUUUAAAUAUUAUUACACAACCAAUGCCAUUACCAUGGUUUAGUAAAACUGUUAUGGAUCAAUUUCGUAUGAAAGCAAUUGAAAUUCAACCUGAUUUAAAAUUUGGUGUUAUUGUACAUCGUUUACCAAAAGGUGAAUUAUUAUGGAAUACAUCAAAAACUGCUUUAUCACCAAUUUAUAGAAUGUUAUUGAAUUUUAGUGUGGAAUUUCAAAUACAACCAUCUUAUUUAUCUGAUAGUUAUCGAUUAACUGUAAUGGAACAAGUACCAAAUAUUCGAAAUUUUUUAUGUACAACAUUUGAAUUACGAUCAAAUAAUGUAGAAAAAUCAUGGUCUUAUUUAGAAAUACGUAUUAAACAAGAAAAUAAUCUAGAAAAUUCUAAUCGUGUUACAUUUAUAUUAAUAACACAUGAACGUGGUGAAUUACCAUUUAGUGCAUAUGAUCGUCAUAUUCAUACAAAUUUACCACCGGAUACAUCUGUUUCAUUAUAUUUUUCAAAAUCUGUAACAACACGUUUAAAUACAGGAAGAAAUCCAUGUCAUGUUGGUGCUGAUGCAAAAUUUAUUGCAUCUGAAUUAACAAUGGAUAUUAAUGAAGAAUAUAAUAAUAAUAAUAAUAAAGAACAACAUAGUUUAACAAGGAUAACAUCACAUAAUUCAACAAUACUUAAUGAAAUGAAUGAUUAUGAUCUUAAUACAAUUCCUAAUGCUAGAAAUAAUAAUCAUGAAAAUGAUCCUGAUCCUGAUCCUGAUCCUGAUCCUGAUCAUCAUGAUCAUCAUAAUCAUCAUCAAUGGUAUUUAGAUUAUUUGGAUACAAUUCGAAUGAAAAAUAAACAACAAACAUUUGCUAGUGAAACAACAAAUUAUUUACAAUAUGCUAAAAUUAAAUUAAAACAAAAAACUAAUGAACAACGUCUUAAUAAAUUAAAUACAGUUAGUUUAUUUGGUACAGAAUUUUUAUAUAGUCGUGAAGCAUGCGGUUGGAUUGAAUGUUGUACAAAAGUAGCAUAUAAUUGUAAUUGUACAUGUACAUUAGAUUUAUUAUCAAUUAAUCGUACAUCAACACAAACUAAUUUUUUAUGUGAACGUACACAAUGUCAAGAUGAACAAAUUCCUUAUGAAACAUGUCCAUUACCAUGUAUACAAACUAAAUUUAUAAAACAUAGUGAAGUACGUUUACCUGGAUUUGAAGAUGGUUUACCAAUAUUAACAAGUCGUUUAAAAUUAGUACGUAGUGAAAGUGUACAAGUUGCUAUGGAAGAAGAAAUUUUUUCAUUAGCUAAAUUAUUUUCAGAAGUUGGUGGUUUAUGUUCAUUAUUUAUUGGAUUUAGUUGUAUAUUUUUAUUUGAAUUAUUAGAAGCGCUUAUUGUUAUGUAUUAUCCUAAGAAAACAUUCAAACAAUCUAUACAAUUGAAUACAAACAAUAAUAAUAAUAAUAGUAAUAGUACUCAAUCAGAUAUUCAUAAAAUCAAUAAUCAGAAAUCGAUAACUACACCAUUUAUCCAAGCUAAUAAACAUACAACUGAUAUCAUACCAAAUAAUAAUAAUAAUAAUAUAAAUAGUAUGAUUAAUUCAACGAUAACUACAAUUACUACUACUAAUAUUUAUAAUGAUAUCAGUAGUGAGAAUAAUAAUCAUGAUCAUAAUAAAACAAAUAAAUUCGAUUAUAUUGAAAAUACAAUGAAAGCUAAUAUUUCCUCUGUAAAUAAUAAUUCAAUGGAAGAAUAUUUAGAUAAAGAUGUACAAUUGAUAGAGGAAAAUUUACAUUUUAUGAAUAGUCAUAUAGAUACUAAUCAUAAUAAUGAUAAUCAUGAGUUACAAACUACGGAUCAAUCAAUCAAUGAUUCUCAUUUAUCAUCCUAUAAAAAUAAUUAUCCUAUUGAACAGUCUAUUGCAUUAGAACAUUUAUAUAGCUGUAAUCAUACUGAUAAUAAUAAUAAUAAUAAUGACAGUAAUACCCAAGAGCAUACACUCUCUUUAUCUAAUCAAUAUGAGCAUAAUUUGGAUGAAAUAAGUGAAUCAAAUCAUGUAUAUAUAUUACCUAUAUGGUUAAGUACAAAUAUACCAUUACAUAUAAUUAAAGACAGAAAAAAUGAUAGGAGGAUAAAAUCUUUCCAGAUUUCAUCAAAUCAUUCAAAACGAUUAACAAAUUCAUUAGAUAAUAAUAAUAAUGAAGACGAAAAAGAAGAAGAAUGUAUCUAUAGUGAAACUACAACUAUAUGUUCCAGAGAAGAAUUGAUCAAGUUAUUACAACAGAACAGAAUACGGAUCAAAGUAAUGUUCACGGAUCAAUAACACAUUUACACAAAAAUAGUCAAAGUUCUACUUUUCAUCCAAUACAGGUCUAAAUGUCUCAUGAUUAAUAAAGAAUGAUUGUAGAAAAUCAACACCCCCAACAACCCCAACCCCAACCCCAACAACAAAAUGCACAAAUAUAUAACCUUUCAUUACAGAGAAAACACAAAUUUUGUAACUCUAACAAUCUACUCAAUUUUAUUUAAACACUUCAAUUCAUGUCAUUUAAAAGUGUAAAAUAAUCACUAAUACAAAGUUUGUUUCAUGUUUUGUUCUUUUUUUUGUUUCUCUUUUUUUGGUUACUAAAAAAGAAUAGUUGUAAACCGAAUGUUUCUAUCCCUAUUGAAUGUUACUCAGAUCCAUACAGAUAAACGCCG